GUUCUUGACCUAUAAAAACAAGUGUUUACCAUAACAGCUCUCACCAAAACUUGAAAUCAUACAAAGCUUUUCUCCACUAUCAUUAUUUGCUUAUCUAUAUAUUGAACUAACCAUACAACCAUGGCUAUCCGUAUGCCUCGUAUAAUCAAGAAGUCUUCUACUGCUGGAGAUGUUCCUAAAGGCCACUUUGCUGUUUAUGUUGGGGAAAAGCAGAAGAAGAGAUUUGUGAUCCCUAUAUCAUUCUUGAGCCAACCUUUAUUUCAAGAUUUACUUAACCAAGCAGAGGAAGAAUUUGGCUUUAAUCAUCCGAUGGGUGGUGUCACAAUUCCCUGCAGAGAGGAUGUGUUCAUUGAUCUUACUUCUCGCUUGAGUAGGAUCUGAGGCAUUUCACCUUACACAAUUUUGUAAAGAACUAAAACUGAUAAUUAGAUAGAGAUGGGACACUAUGUACUGUCAGCUGUAACCGUAGAUCCCAAUUUUGAAUGUAAUUUUCAGUAGCAAAUGAA